AUGCACGUUGAGGUUAGGGUCGGACAACCCGUGCCCGCCAGCCUCCAGAGUGCUUUCGAUAUUCAGAUACGGCCCGCCCCAAACCUGGGCCUGGCAGUAGAGCAGGCGGCCGAGAUCCAAAGCUUCCUGGAGUCUGCUCUCCCGCCGUGCGUGGCCAUGGAAGAGCUGCGAGGAUUCCAGACGGCGAUUACCGUCUACAUUAUGCUCGUAGACGACGCCUCUACGGAUGCGUUCGCAAACCUCCUGGGAAGCGUGCUGCGCGCACUCGAGCGGGCAGGAGUCCCCGUCCUGGGCAUCCCCGUCGCGCAGCCGCUCUGGGGGUCCUUCACAGCCCUGACGCUCCCCGGCACAGACCUAGUCGUCAGUGUCCAGCGCGGGAAGUGA